CCCCGCCCCUGUGACAGGAGAGAACGCUCAUUGGCUACAGCGUCGACGGAAACCAAGAACGCUGGUUGGUUCAAACGGGGAACAAGCCUUCCCGCCAGGCACGCGAGGGAAUGUGACUGGCCGUCGAGCGCGUCCGUCAUUUGCGUGAAUCGGCGCGAAGAAUAACAGGAAGUGUUCGAAGAAUGUCUGACGCCGACAACACGGUAACGACAAAGUUAAUAUUUGAGUCGUUCUCUUUAUGUCGUGAGGAGGAUCACAAUGGAGCCAAGAAAACCAAGCAUAGCUUUCAAAGAGUUUACGUUUGAAGACGUCAAGAAAACUACAGCGGAGUUCCUGUCAGUCUCCAUACCUGAGGUUCUUGAUCCUCAGUAUGGCAUGUAUGUGUGGCCGUGUGCAGUGGUGCUGGCUCGGUAUCUCUGGACACAGAGAGAGGAGCUUACACACAAGAGCGUGCUGGAGCUCGGUGCAGGUGUGAGUCUCCCAGGUGUGGUGGCUGCACUCUGUGGCGCACAGGUGAUCCUGUCAGACAAUGCCAGGAUUCCUCUGUGUCUGGAGAACUGCAGACGCAGCUGUGAAGUUAACGGCCUCAGUGACGUGGUUGUGAUAGGUCUCACUUGGGGCGAGAUCUCCCCGGACCUGGUUCUGCUUCCAAAGCUAGACAUCAUCCUGGGGUCAGAUGUUUUCUAUGAGCCUCAAGAUUUUGAAGAUGUGCUUGUGACUGUUGCUUUUCUUCUGAGGAAAAACCCCAGCGCUCAGUUCUGGACCACGUACCAGGAGAGAAGUGCUGACUGGUCCAUUGAAGUGCUGCUGCACAGGUGGCAGUUGCAGUGUGUGGAGGUGCAUGUGGAGGACUGUGCUGCUGAUGAAUGUUCUCCUGACAGACACAGUGUCCACAUGAUGAUGAUAACAGUGAAGACACAGGAAGAUCACAGGACUGUGACUUCCUGAAAGACAACACAACUCCUGCUUGUCUUUAUCACGGUGAGUUCAUUGAUGAGAGGGAGAAGGUGCCAUGUUACUUUCAGAGAGAAAGAAAAUGUAACUCAUUUAUUGUGAUCUGUAAAAAUGAAGACACUGAAGUCAACUGUAUUAGUUUUGUUGUAGAUUUGUGAACAGAAAUGUACAGGACCUUUUUAUUAGCACGUUACCUUCAUGUGGUUUGUGUCCGAAACAAAUAGAGGUAUGCCCUGAAGUUUGCGUCACUGUGUAAACCACUCACUCUCCCAGUGAUUUUAACAUCACACACACAGGAGUUGUUGAUCCACUGCUCC